AAUUACACAUUUGUGCAAAACAUCCCUGAAGAUGUAGGUGUCAUAGUAACUGCUGCACAGCAAAUUAAAGGCCAAGGUGAGUUAAUUAAAUGAACCUAUUUCUACAGUAAGCUACAAAAACAUAAUGUCAUGCAUUGUAACAGGUGUAACAAUAAUAUUUUUUUAUCUGACUGUUAAUUAGUUUUAUUAACAGACUGCCAUUGGCCUGACUGUGUGUUCUCAGUUGUUAUAGAAGAUGCAGUUAUUAUUAUUGUAUUCAAGCAAAGAGGUUUUUUUUACACAGGUUAUUAUCUACAUCUGUUGUUUCCCAACUAGUUUGUCAGAGAGUAAUAUAUAAAAAGAUUACUCUUUUCAUGGAUUUUAGAAUCUUAAUUCAACAAAAGAUUUUAAUGUUUUCAGUGAUCAAUCCUAAUGGGUUCAUCAUUUAUCUUGAUGAGUUAUAAAACAGGGAAUAGUGAGUACAUAAUUUGUGAAUUUUGUAUUUUUAGUAAGCUGUCUUGAAAGUAUACUUUAACAUUCAUCUUUAGGUCGUGGUGGUAAUAUAUGGCUCUCACCAGCUGGAUGUAUGAUGUUUUCUAUACACAUAAGGAUUCCAUUUGCUUCCAAUCUUGGUCAGAGGCCACCAUUCUUACAGCAUAUUGCCUCUCUGGCAAUUGUUAAUGUGGUCAGAUCCAAGUCAGGGUAUGAGGUCUGUAAAUUUUGUAUGUACAUUUAUAAAAUAAUCCUGCCGUUCUGUACGUGCCAGACCUAAAUCGGAUUGUCCAUAAGAGGCAAUAAAGGGUACACAUAUAAAUUCAUAAUAUUUUAGGCUUUUUAGGUAUGGCUUGCACAUAAUAAAUGUACAUUGUGGUAAAAUAAUUUUGAAUACAAGAGUAAAUAAAAGUAGGAAAAAAAAAGAUUAGUGGUUAUAACCUAAGCUUCAGACUUACAGUGUACAGUACAUUGUACACUAGAUCUGUUGGAUCUGUAGCCCGCAUGUCAAACAUUUUAAGCAGAUUAAUGUUCUGUGUUAAACAUGUAGAGCUCGUGUAACGCCCUUGUGUGCCACAUGAACAUUUGUUGCUGAAACUACAACGGCAUAGGAUAGAUGGCUCUCUAUUACUGUGGAUUAGAAAUUUUUUGAGGAAUAGAAGGCAGCGUGUCAUGUUAACAGGCAGUAGUUCAGAUUAGUCACCUGUGAUUUCAGGCAUGCUCCAAGGAACAAUACUCGGCCCAAUCUUAUUUAUCAUUUAUAUAAAUGAUUAUUUCCACAAAUAUAACAUCAACAGUAAAAAUCUAAGCUGAUGACACCAAAAUCUAUCGUACGAUCAAUGAGCCUGAUAAGGAUAAAGCAGCCUUACAGCUUGACCUGAAUAGAUUAAGUGAUUGGGCUAACAAGUGGCAGUUGCGCUUUAAUCCUGAAAAAUGUGAAGUCAUUCAUGCAACGCACAGUAGGGACAGAUCAAAGCUAAGUUACUCUCUAGGUGUGCAACUAAAAUCUGUUGAAAGUGUCAAGGACCUAGGGGUUACAAUAAACUCCGUUCUAUCUUGGGAUAAACACGUCUCCUACUUAGUAAACUAGGCGAAAAAAGUGUUAGGUGUAAUUAAGCGAUCACUCGGAAAUGAUAAUCAGUAUGCCUUUUCUUGCCUCUUUAAGUCGUUGCUAAGACCUACUGGUAUAUACUCUAAUAUGCUGCCCCCGUCUGGAGCCCCUACCAAAAAAAGGAUAUUGAAUCCUUGGAAACAGUUCAAAGAAGAGCAUUGCGGUUGGCGUUAAAGGAAAAGCACAGAGAAAUGAGCUAUGAAGACCGCUGCGGCUUACUGAAUUGGCAAACUCUGGAGAAACGUAGAGAGUUCUUAUCUCUAGUUCAGUGCUACAAGAUAGCUUUUGGAAUAGAUAGCCUUCCUUUUUUGGACUUUUUUAAACUUACUAAAUGUAAUCGAACUUGAGCCAAUCAUGACUAUAAGCUCUACGUAAAAGUUGCCAUCCUGAAUUGCUACAAAUAUUCUUUCUUUGUACUGAUUGUCAAUGCGUGAGAAUAAUUUGCCUAAAGAUGUUGUAUGCGCAGGAUGGCUGGCUUUAUUUUGCAACAGAUUAAGGAUUUAUAUGAAUAUCGAUUGAUACAAUAAAAUUGUAAAUAGUUUUAAUUAUGAUGUGCAAAUGAUGUUUUUUUAUUCUAGUUUUUUAUAGGGUUUAGAUUUUUCUCUCUGUAUAUAAUGUUUUAGAUUCUAGAUUUUACCUUUUCAUCUUUUAUUUUGGGGAAUCUUUUACACUGUAUAUAGGGUUGACCUAGCUAGAUAUCCCCUUUCGAGAGAUAUUUAAUUUGUAACUUUAGUUUUUAUCUCUUGAAUAAAGUAUUAUGUUGUAUUGUAUUAUAGCUACAUUGUAAAAAUUAUUUUGUUUUACACAAUGUCUGUUUUAGGAGAUAGGCAUUUGUCUCAAGUGGCCAAAUGAUAUUUAUUUUGGUGACAAGGUCAAGAUUGGAGGUGUUAUCGUGACAUCAUCUGCUAUGAGUGGUACUCUGAGUGCAGUCAUAGGUAUAUGA